GUGAAAAACUUGAUUGUAUUCAGUGAUUUAAACAUAAGCGAGCAUAUAUUUUGUUAAUUAAAUUGAUUAAAUAAGUUUAAUACAACUAAAUAUAGUAGUGACUUUAGACGUGCUAUUGCCUGGAUACCUAAGUUCAAUAAGAUUUCAGAAAACGCAAAGAUGUCGGAAGAAUUAGCGCAGGCGCAGGACUCCGUGGAGCAGGUGACGCGCGACGUGAAGGACGUCUCGCUGGAGAACGGGAACGGUUCGGCGCCCGCGUCGGCCAACGGAACGCCCGCCAAGAACGAAGACAAUGCCGUGCCGCUUAAGGAUGCGUUCAAAGCCUUUUCUAAGUUCGGCGAUCCAAAAUCUGAUGGGAAGCACAUCACUUUAUCACAAAGUGACAAGUGGAUGAAGCAAGCCAAGGUGAUCGACGGCAAGAAGAUUACCACCACAGACACCGCCAUAAACUUCAAGAAACUUAAAUCGCUCAAAGUUGGGCUUGAAGAUUACCAGAAAUUCCUCGAGGAAUUGGCCAAGAGUAAAAAGGUCGAGGUUGAAGACAUAAAAAAGAAACUCACCACUUGUGGACAGCCAGGAAUAACAUCUCAUGUGACAAAAUCCCAAGCCGCCGCAGCAGCGGUGGACCGACUUACAGACACCACCAAGUACACCGGCUCCCACAGGCAGCGCUUCGAUGAAACCGGCAAAGGCAAGGGCAUCGCCGGCAGAAAGGACCUCGUCGACGGAUCCGGCUACGUGUCCGGGUACCAGCACAAGGACACGUACGACAAAACUCACUAAACAAAACUACAUCAUUCUAUAAAGCGGCUACAAGGUAUUCGUAACCACGUAUGUAGUUCCCAAUAAUUGAUUGUCAAACACAAACGAUUUGAUUCGACCUGUGUGUGGCAAGAAUUGGCGUCCAUUUCAAAUUAAAAGUACGCGCGAAAAAUACGACCAUUUGUAUAAGUGCAUAAAUUAGAUUGUGGAAGAGUUUCAUUCAGUGCCAUUAUUGAGUGGCAUUCCUCAUCCUCUAGCAUUCCAAUAAUUCGAUUCAAUAGCUUUCUUAAUAUCUAUUACAUUACACUAUGUUACUUCAGAAAAUUUUGGGGCACUGUUAAUGCUCCCUGUUUUACCUAAUAUUUACGCACACAUAGACCAAUAUAAAUUACGCCUAACUACAAUCUAACAAAUACUAAAAAAUAAGUUCUCAAACAAAGAAACUAAGUACCUACCGUUUGAGUGACUGAUAUUGCACAAUAUUUAUAACUCGCAUGUUUUACCUCUUUUAUAAUGUAACUUU